GCUGCUUUAAAUUUACAAUAAGGAGGAAAAAAAAAGGGCAGCUGUGGUGGAGGUGAGGUGAGCGGAGACGUGUUGUUUCUCCGUCAGUCACUGCCUCACAGCCAAUAGGAAGUUCGCCUCUGUCGGACCGUCGACGCCGCCGCCGCCGCCGCUCUCUCCGCUCCGGUCCCUCCUCGUGCUGUCCUCGCCGUGCACGCGCGUGGUACCCACGGUCGUGAGGAGGAGGAGGAUGUUGCGCGUGAAGGGGAAAUGGCUGCCGAAAACAAGCCGGAAGGACUGAAGAAAGUUCGUAAUCCGGAUCGAAUGUACAGAUCAGCAGUGUGUUAUGCUGGCCACGGUCCACCUAAGAGUAUCAGUGAUGACACAGAGACGAACAAUGAACAUGGACAUUUGAAAAUAUACCUGCCCAAGAAGCUGCUUGAAUGUCUACCAAAAUGCACGUCGCUGCCGAAGGAGAGACACCGGUGGAACACUAAUGAGGAGAUUGCAGCUUACUUGAUAACAUUUGAAAAGCAUGAAGAAUGGCUAACGACAUCCCCUAAAACAAGGCCGCAGAAUGGGUCGAUGAUACUGUACAAUAGGAAGAAGGUGAAGUACAGAAAGGACGGCUACUGCUGGAAGAAGAGGAAAGAUGGAAAGACCACGCGGGAGGAUCACAUGAAGUUGAAAGUGCAGGGAGUUGAGUGUUUGUAUGGCUGCUACGUCCACUCCUCCAUUAUCCCCACCUUCCACCGCAGGUGCUACUGGCUGCUCCAGAACCCUGAUAUUGUGCUCGUCCACUAUUUGAAUGUUCCAGCCAUUGAGGAUUGUGGGAAACCAUGUGGACCUAUCUUAUGUUCCAUCAAUACAGACAAGAAGGAAUGGGCCAAGUGGACCAAGGAGGAGCUGAUWGGCCAGCUCAAACCCAUGUUUCAUGGCAUCAAGUGGACUUGCAGCAAUGGGAACAGCAGCUCAGGCUUCUCAGUGGAGCAGCUAGUGCAACAGAUUCUGGACAGCCACCAAACUAAGCCACCUCCCCGGACUCACAACUGCCUCUGCACGGGUACCCUGGGUGCAGGGAGCAGUGUACACCACAAAUGCAACAGCGCCAAACAUCGCAUCAUCUCCCCAAAAGUGGACCCCCGCUCCGGGGGCUACAGCAGUGCACACUCUGAGGUACAAAACAACGACGUGUCUGAGGGAAAGACUGAGCACAGCGCCCAUGGAGGAGGCAAAAGCUCCGGGGGAGGCGGUGGCGGGAGCAGCGCCAGGGAGAAACGCAACGGCAAAGUCCACAAGCCCGUCCUGUUGCACCAAAACAGCACAGAGGUGUCGUCCACCAACCAGGUGGAGGUCCCAGACACCACACAGAACUCCCCCGUUUCCAUCAGCAGCGGUCUCAACAGCGACCCAGACAUGGCUGACAGCCCCGUGGUGACAGGGAUGAGCCACGUACCCUCGGUCAUGUCUAGUCUGUCCCAGAGUGUCUUCAUGUCUGAGGUCACUGGAGACCCCGUCUACAGUAUGUCUCCCACCGGGGGUCCCAACACUCACCUGAUGGGUGCUGACGCCACUUCACAAGGCUUGGUGCUGUCUGUGGCUGCCGAUCGUCACAAAUUUGCCUUCCCUGGAGGAGGAGUGGGAGAACCUGGAACCACCACGGCAGGAGACAGUCUGUCCAUGCUGUCUGCAGCUGGGGUGUCUGAGGAACUGGUGCUAACCAGCAGUCUGGAUGCUGGCACCAUCAAGAUUCCAGAGACUAACAUGAACUUUGACCCUGACUGCUUCCUAAACAACCCUAAGCAGGGCCAGACCUACGGCGGCAGUGCUCUGAAGACAGAGAAUAACUCCUCCUCAGCAUCUUCCUCUGGUGGCAGCAGUGGUAGCAACGGCAGUCUGCAGCGCUCCCCUAACAUGUCAGACAACGGCUACACCUUCAGCUCGGCUCUCGUAAAGAACAUCAAGACAGAGGACACGUCAUUUGAGCAGCAGCUGGCCAAAGAAAGUGGCUACCAGGUUGGGGGAGUAGUGAACUGUGGCGGCGGGGCGUCAUCUGGUGCUAGUUCAAAUCAGGGUAAUCUUGGUCUGACGGCAGGGGGAUCUCUGCUUCCCUCUGGUGGGGGUCUGAGUCCAAGCACUACCUUGGAGCAAAUGGAUUUUAGUGCCAUUGAUGCGAAGCAGGAGUACACUUCUAACGCCACCGCAGUCAGCUAUGGCCAGGCCAUGUCUAGUCCUCAUAUGCAACACCAGAACCAUUCUCCCAGCUUUUUCCUUCAGGAUGCUUCUCAAACCGGCCAGACUCAGCAAGGGAGGUCGAGCUUGGGCCAGAAGACACAUCUGAUGGAACAUAACUCCCACGACUCUGCGGCUUACAUGGGGCUACAAGUGGUGAAAACUGACUCUCCUGGCAGCAAUGGCCACCUCCAUCACCACCAUCAGGCCCAGCAUAGGGCCAACUGUAAUGGAGGUUCGCCCACAGAGGGGCCUGGCCAGACUGGUUCUCUGCAGCUGCUUCAGUACCAGGGGCCUUUYCCUGGGAUGGGCACGGAGCAUGAAGAGGUGGUUGGUCUAGAGCAAGCCGGCGGUGUCAGUUCAGCUCAGACUGGAGCCACAGAGAAUGGAGCUGAGAAUCUGCUCAAGCCAGGGGACCACAUUCAGGCGUGUGGAGUAGGAAACGGAGACAGAGGGGGAGCGGAGCACUACCUGCAGCAGGCCUCAGAUGGUGGUGGUGGUGCAGGAGGUGCCGGUGAAGGAGUAACCAUCCACAAUGGGAACAACAGCAACGACGGCAGUAACCGCACCCAGCAGCAACUGCAGCCCCUCCUGCAAGGCACAAGUAUGGUACAAGGACUCUACAAUGCAGUGGGAGCCCACCAAGGUCUGGGUGGUGCAGCUACUAAUGGAGGAGCAGGGGGAACAGGCAUGGAGAUCAACUUAGACCACUUCGACAUAUCUUUUGGCAACCAGUUCUCUGACCUCAUUAAUGACUUCAUCUCAGUGGAUGGCAGUGGGACCGCCAUGUCAGCUGGAGGGGCUCUGUAUGCUCACCAGCUGGUCACAUCUCACAGCUCUGAAAACCAGAACACAGCCAGCGGGGCCCCUCAGCAGGCCCAGGAAGAUGGAGGAGCCAGAGGUUCUGGCUACAACCCGUCUGAGCUCUGCCUUCAACCUUGCUGCAGCCCCCAGUCUCUGAGUGGGGGUGCUGGUGCAGGAGGCAACACGGGAGAGGCUGCUUCAUUGUCCUACAUGAAUGUUGCAGAGGUGGUCUCUGCAGCUGUUGCCCAGGGGGCUUUAGGAAUGCUACAAGCCACAGGCCGUCUCUUCAUGGUCACUGACUACUCCCCGGAGUGGUCCUAUCCUGAGGGUGGGGUUAAGGUGCUCAUCACUGGUCCCUGGCAGGAGGCCAGCUCAAACUACAGCUGCUUGUUUGACCAGAUCUCAGUCCCAGCAUCUCUCAUCCAACCCGGGGUGCUGCGCUGCUACUGUCCAGCUCACGAUACAGGUCUGGUGACGCUGCAGGUGGCCAUCAGUAACCAGAUUAUAUCCAGUUCUGUGGUGUUUGAGUAUAAGGCCCGCGCUCUUCCAUCACUGCCGUCCUCUCAGCACGACUGGCUCUCCCUCGAUGAUAACCAGUUCAGAAUGUCUAUCCUGGAGCGCUUGGAGCAGAUGGAGAGGAGGAUGGCAGAGAUGGCCAGCCACCAGCAGUCGAGCAGCGCAGGGAGUGGCGGAGCUGGGGGAGGAACCGGGGGAGGAGGAGGAGGCAGUAGUGGAGGCGUUGGAGGAGGCAACAACAGCCAGUCGCAGUGCGUGUCCGGCCAAACGCAGGCCAGCAGCUCCUUUGAGAGCCGUGUGGUGGUGGUCUGUGAGAAGAUGAUGAGCAGAGCUUGCUGGGCCAAGUCCAAACAUUUAAUCCACUCUAAGACCUUCAGAGGGAUGACACUCCUUCACCUGGCUGCUGGCCAGGGCUAUGCCACCCUCAUUCAGACACUCAUCAAAUGGCGUACUAAGCAUGCUGACAGUAUUGAUUUGGAGCUAGAGGUGGACCCUCUCAAUGUGGAUCACUUCUCCUGCACUCCUCUGAUGUGGGCGUGUGCUCUGGGUCACUUGGAGGCAGCAGUGGUCUUGUAUAAAUGGGACAGACGUGCCCUAGCUAUCCCAGACUCUCUGGGCCGCUUACCCUUGUCCAUCGCACGCUCUCGUGGCCACACCAAAUUGGCUGAGUGUUUGGAGCAGCUACAGAGGGAAGAACAACAACCAUCAGCACCUCUACCACCCACAAGUCACAUGUCUUUCUCUCCAGCCCCUGACGCACCCACCACGGACAGCUGGAUGGUCAGCUGGGCAAAUGAGAGCAUAGUAGCMCCCAGUGGAAAGAAAGGAGGUCCUGCCAUCACAACUACUACAUCCAGCACUGCUAGCUUCAAUCCAGACUUGAGAAGACCCAGGUCAGAGCCCUCCAACUGUUACAGCAGCGAGGGCCAAAGAGACCUCCCACUAGCUAAAAAACACAAACCCAACCCAGAACUGUUUCAGACUCGGCCUGACAAGGCCAUGUCUGUUCCUCUGAGCCUGGAGCAGCAACAACUCCACAAACUGUCCGCGAGCACAAAGAGCCUGUCCUCAGAAGGCCUGAGCUCAGACAAAAGCCUGUCUACAGGAGGCAGCGCUGGAACCGCCAGGUGGACCUCCAGAGAGAAUUUCUCCAGCAGCAACUUGGGGAGGAAGCCGCUAGGAUUGAGCGGGACCAGCAGUCUAACAAAAGAGAAGCUGGUCAACCGGCUGCGGCAGCGGGAACAGCUAGGCAUGCUGGUUAUGGCGGACAGGGACAUGGCUGAGUCAGAAUUGCUGUCAUAUCGGGAAGAUUUGGAGAAUCAGGACUGUUUCACACAGAUGGACGACCUGCAGGUAAAUAUGAUGACUCUGGCAGAGCACAUCAUCGAAGCCACACCGGAGAGAUUCAAAAGGGAGAACUUCACAGCAGCAGAUUCUGUGCCCUUAGAUACAUCAGGGGUCAGCUGCACCAUGAACUGGUUGGCCAACUACUUGGGAGAUGUAGAGCAGCUGCCAAGCAUCAUACACUUACGAUCUUUGUACAAUGAGCCUCUGACACCGUCGUCCAAUCCUAGCCUGAGCCCUGGGGGGUCUCCACUGAGGGAGGGCCCCCUGGACAGGUCAGCUGUCCCUUCUCUAGCUGACUGGAGUGAGUUCAUCAAUGCCUCCAACAGCAAGGUGGAGCGAGACCUGGCCCAGCUGACUCUGUCAGACCCAGAGCAGAGAGAGCUGUACGAGGCAGCCCGUCUGGUCCAAACUGCCUUCCGCAAGUACAAGGGGCGGCCGCUCCGAGAGCAACAGGAAGUAGCUGCUGCUGUUAUACAACGUUGCUACAAGAAAUAUAAACAGCUAACAUGGAUAGCCUUGAAGUAUGCACUUUAUAAGAAGAUGACGCAGGCCGCCAUUCUUAUCCAGAGUAAAUUUCGCAGCUACCACGAACAGAAGAAGUUUCAGCAGAGCAGGAGGGCGGCUGUGCUCAUUCAGCAAUACUACCGCAGCUACAAGGAGUUUGGCAGACUGAAGCCUCAUCAGCGUGGGGCUGCUGCUGCCCUGGUGCAGCACAAACUGAGGGGUAGUCUACUCACAAAGAGGCAGGAUCAGGCUGCCAGGAAGAUUAUGAGGUUUCUACGACGCUGCCGCCACAGCCCCUUGAUGGACCAUAGACUGUUCAAGCGGGUGAGUGCAGCCUCAGCAACUCAGUUCGUGCCUCCCCUCCUCUCUUUAUCUCCUCUACCUGUUUAUUCCUCACCCCCCCACCUCUCUCUCUCUCUCUCUCUCUCUCUCUCUCUCUCUCUCUCUCUCUCUCUCUCUCUCUCUCUCUCUCUCUCACUCUUUAAUAAAAUAAUACAGUAAUCUCAGUAAUACGAAGUCCCGGUCUCGGUGCUCUCUUCUUCCAUUUCUCAUUUUCUCCUCUCCUCUGCUCUUUCUCUCCCACCUCCCCACCCAGCCCUCCUCAUUCUCCAUCACUGUUGCUUGAUGCCUGCUUGCAUGAAGGCUGCMGACUGGAGCCACAGGUGGACUGAGAGGCUCAGAUUUAGAGCAGAACCUUUCUCAAACUAACAAAACGCUUCUGAAUGAUGAUCCCACUGCAACACCUACCGGACCCACGUCUUGAUUCUUUCUUUUUUUUUUUCUUUUUUUUCUACUUAUUUUAACUCUCUGUCGUUCUCUCCUCGAAAAUGACACUUUGUUUUAUGUUGUGUUUUUGUUUUUAUUUCAGCUUUGUGUGGUUCUGCACAUGGCCAGUUUCUGAGUACAGGAAGCUUUUUUUGUUUGUUUUGUUUUUUUUUCUUCUUCUCUCAACUCUGUUUUUAUCCUGCUGCAUGUCAAGUGCUGACAACUAUGGGCCUUGCUCUUUCUACUUUUAGGCAUGCUCUGAACCUGCUGUUUUUUAAGUAGUUGUCUCUCUGGCUGGCUGACUGUAUGCUCUGUUUCAAGCCACUCCACAGACUGCGAGGGGGAACAUAACCCAUCCAAUUUUUUUCCCCAAAAGCACACAUUUAAGCCUUUUGUCCACUACCUGCUGUGASCAUUUUUUUUAAAUAUAUAUGAGUAUUAUACUGUAUUUUGUGCAUUGACCUGUUUCAUUCAGGGAGAGGUUUGAUUUUUGUAAUAUUAUGCUAUUCAUAAGUCACUCAAUAUCUUUUUACAGACACAAUAUCUGUAAAGAAAUUGGUAUUGUAUACAUUAAAAUGGUGUUCCAAUAGCACUUUUUACUUUAAUUGGGAAUAUAAUACUUUAAUUGCAUCUAAGAAMAUUUUAGCCUAUCAGUGUGAUUUUAUAACUGUGUUUAGGUGUCUCGUUUUGUAAAUUUCAAAGUAAAAGUUGAAUUUCCUAUUUCAUUUCAACUCUUAACACUGUUUCCCUCCACAGAGCAGGAGUAGUUCCUGAUGAGCUGAGCUGACUGGAUGUUCUUGUCUGAGCAGUGUUGAAAGUGUCAGGCUCCCGUUUGCGUCUGUGUGUGCGUUCUGAUGAAUCCGCUCCUACGUUGCGUGGUGUAUUUACGGCCACUUGUUCGUCUCUGUGUUGCAGGGUGAAAGAAUUGAAAAGGGCCAGGGAACAUGAGACCCCUCAGAARAGCCCCCUUGCGAAGUGACAUCACUCUCCUGACUCCUCUCUUUCUUUUCGUUUGUAUCUGAGACAAUUUACAAAAGAACAGAACAUUUCAAAAAAGGGGAAAAAAAGAAAAAAAGGGGGAAAUAAAAAAAGAAAAGAAAAACAUCAAUGCAAGCAUUGCUAUUAUUACAAGAGCAGUGCUACUAUUACAUGUACAACAGCAUUUUUUUCCCACACAUCUGUUUCCACGGACUUGAUUUUGGCGGAAGAGCGGCAACUUCUACAGGACUAUAAACUAGCAGGACCGGUGGGGGGUGCAGGACAUCGGCUUUGUGGUAUUUUUUUGGCACUUUUUCAUGGAUUUCCUUGUGUUCUCUGGAUGUGAAGAAGUUUUGAAGGAAGUCGAUGCGGGACAGGUGGAUUGUUGAGGACCUCACGAGGUGUAAAAGUUUGGGCCGCUGCAAGAAAUCUCCGAAGACGAAGGAACCUCACAGAAACGCCCCCGACUCCCAUUGAAUUCCACGUUUUCUUUUUUAGGUGACCAAUUUAAUUAAUUUAAAGACCAAAUACAUCAAUAAGCCACUCGUCCACUUCAAUCUGCUCCUGUUUAAUUAAGGUUUUCUCCUGUCCAUGCGUGCUCUAUCCCACCAGUCUGYCCUCGUGGGUAGAGCUCCAAAUGAAUGUAGUGAGGAUCAAAAACACAGAGGCAAAUUAGGGAUAAAAUAUUUGUUUUAACAUUUCUUAUUAAAAAAUACUAUGCUUUAUCGUAUAUAUAGAUAUAUAUAUAUAUAGUCACUUUACUACUUGAAUUUGUUUCAUAUUGUCCGAUGUAUUUCUUCCAUCAUUGUCAAUGUAUUGGUGAUCUGUAUCUUCAGGCUAUAUGUUCUUAAAACCCAACCAAGAGAAAAUGCAUGACUUCUUGGGAAGAAAUGUCUUUGCUUGUGUGCUUAUGGCCUAGUCUUUCAGCCUCUCCUCUGAUUUUCAUUCUUUCUUUCCACUUUAGUGGCCCCACAUGUCCAUGUUCUUCUUCAUUAGAGCCUCUUUUGUUUCUGUAAUUAGGCUAUCUCCAUGUUGUCCUGUUUAUUAUUUCCUUUUAGAUUGUUCAUUCGAUCACCCCUCUGAAACCUAGAAGAGAAAAAGCUUCCCUGUUUUGUGUUGUAAUAGUCAUGCAGGUUGUUAUUUUUUUAUUUUUUUUUAACGAACUUCAGAGCCUGGGAAGGCUUUUGGAAGGGAAGAUCACAUACAUUGCCUUGACGUCUUAGAGAUUCUUUGAGGGGUCCCUAAGCUUGUCCCAAAAUAGGGGGUUUGACAAAUCCAUAUUUUUGACAAUUGAGUGAUUUCUGUAAAUAAAGAAGGCUGCAAGAUGUGUAGGAAAAAAAUAAUAAUAACAUGUUCCCUAUGGGGGAUUGUAUUUUAGAAAUAUAUUAUUUUAUUCAUUAAAAAUGGGUCAAAAACAGGAACAAGACAAAAACAGAAUAUUUGUAUAGUUUUGUUUGGAUGCCGAUAAAGUAUGGUUGUAUUGUUUGUAUAUAGUGUAAAUAGCUGGGAUAAAAAUGAGCUACGUGCAUGAAAAGUAUAAACAGAGUCAACGAACAAGAAAGAAAAAAAACAACAAAAGCAGUAGUGGCUAUGCUCUGUAAAAUGACAAAUAUUUCACUAUUAGAGUAUUUCACUUUAUUUUGAUUGUUCUGGAGACAAACAUUUUGCUAAAGCAUGAUAUUAAUACAUAUAAAAAAAGUUUAAAAAUAAUGUAUUUAGUGUUAGGAGAGGUCUUCAAAAUUAUCUUUAAACCACUAUACUUAAGUUCAUUUCCCUUUUUUUAUUUUCUUUUUUAUUUGUUUAUUUUUGGGCUCCCAAUAAACUUUUGCCAACCGUGCCAAGAUAUGUGAUUGCUCAAUAGUUUAAGAUGAUAAUUAGGUCAAACUUUCUUUAGGUGUUUUUGCAGAACAGAUGAUUAUACAGUGACGUCAUAAACACUCGCACUGAAAACCGUAAAGUCACAAAUGGUGACAAAAAAAAAACAAAAACAAAGAGGUACACAGAAUGCAGAGAGUCUUUAGGUCAUCGUGUCUCCAUCGUCCACAUCCGCACAGAUUUCAUUCAUCACCGGAUUUUUGUUGUCACUGAAAAUGGAAUGUGCUACACGAUUAUUGAGGUUUCUUUGUCUAAAYGUAACGAUUGUAAAAAUCAAAAGGAGUCUUGCUGAUUGGAUUCCUGUAAACCAGUCUGUGUUUUUACUCUCAAUCAAGGGAACRGAUGAAGUGUUAAAACAUGUACGAUGUGACACCAAGUUCAGAUUUCAGGUUUCAUUGUUUGGUACUCAUUGUAAACUGGUGGCAUAAUGUAUUGGUAUAAAAACAUAUUGUGUUUUGCCAGCACAUUGUGUUCAGCAUUAACAGUCAAAUGUUGGCAUUGAAAGCUAUGAAACAAACUGUACGUAACAAUGUUAGUUUGUCAUACAAAUUAAUGCACUUGAAAUGUGAUCCCAGCCAAGAAGGUACACAAAGAGUUUCUGUAAAAUGUCCAUAAAAACUCAAUGAGCAUCAAUCACUGCAGGAUCUAAUGUGUUACAUUUAAGAAGUGUGAAUUGUAUAUUGUACUCUGGAUAAUAGCGUAUGUUAAGAUUGAGAGGAAAUGAGAUUUGUUAAAAAGGUACCUCUUGGCUGCUGUCUAAUUCCUGAAAAAAAAAAAUCUUACCAGAAAGUGUAAACAUGUGAACAUUCAGCCAAGUGCCACUUGAAAAAAAAAUUUUUUUUACGUUUUUGAGUUUUUCUUUAAGUCAUCAUUAGGAUAAAUAGGUGUUUGUUAUAUUAUUAUUAUUUUAUUUAUUUAUUUAUUUUGGAUCUCAUGUUCUUGAUUGAUUGGUUGUUUUCUUCUUAAUGUAGAAAGUGCCUAUUCAUGUCCUCACAACACCAACUCUGAUUGAUUUCAGUGCAGCUGACCUCCAGGGAAUGGUCACCCACAGAGCGUGCUGUGUCCUCUGCAUGAAGCCACACCAUCACCACCAUCGCACCAUUCACACUCACCAAAGCCACAGUCAGUCGAGCAGCUCGUCACACAUCCUGCCACUACUUUUAUUUUCCUGCCCUUCUUCAUUUUCUACUGAGACGGCUUGUUUAGAAAYGCCACUACUGGGGUUUGUUGCCUCGCACUCAUACUCUAGGCAAAAAUARAUAAAUAAAAAGAAACAAACGGGGGGUAAAAGAUUUAUUAUGCUUGCAUGGGUAAAAUAGCCAACAGGGUGACAGAACUGCACCUAUAAGCAUGCUUAUUUUCUUUGAACUGGUAGUCGGGUAGACAUGUUAAAGACACACUGUUCUGCACAAUGAGGAACAACCAGGUACGGUCACAGGUUUUUCAGAAACCUGUGACUGAAAGGCAAACGUACAAAUAAAGCCACUGAACAUUAAGCAGCUACUGAUGGACACAACGCAGAGCAAGCAGUAACUAUUAAGACGUWUUCUUUGCUUAUUAUUUGUUCAGUUUAGGGCGAAAGGACAAAGUUAGAGACAUUAUUAUWAUAAAAUUAAUUAACUUAUAGCAAAUAACUAUUUAACCGAAGGGAGCCACUCGAUUACAUAAAUAAAGCAUUGCACAGCUCACAUUCAGACAUGUCAGGAUGUCAGUUUCAUGUGAACUGAGUUGGUGAUGGCAGCAUUUGUUCACCUCCCUUCUGUAUUUUACUCAGGGUGCCAAAAUGGGGAGGAGGAAAUAGAGCAGGACAUGUGAUUCACAUCAGAGGGAGCUGGGAAAACCUUACAGCAGUGCUUUCUGAUAAUAAAAAAAAUGGGAAGAACAGGCAGGUUCACUAUCAGGAUACUGAAAUCUUUCAAAUUAACGAGUAUAAUAUAGUCCAUUUCCUCUCAGUAACCUUGGACAUGACAAAUACUGUUGAAGCCCUGGAAUAGAGUCAAUUUCUCUGUAGCUCAUUAAGAUAAAUGAUUUGACGUUCUCUCGUUGAAAUCUGUCAGAUCAUUGUACGGUUCUGGCCACUUCUUUAGGCCCUUUCAUUUAUCUAGGUGUCAAAGUGUAGAAGCUAUUUAAGAUUGAGAGUGUCGCUCUGUGAAAAUUGCACCUACAAAUCUUGUUUUUACUGCCAUUUAUGAGUGGAAUGACAGGUUAGCUGAUGGGCACUCCGGUUCUUUAGCGAGCAGCAUCAUCAGUUUCAGGAUGUUCUGGGAAAUGACCUGAGAAUCUGCCUUUCCUCCUCUUCUUUUGCCGAAGCACCCAAACCAGAGAAAGGUAGGCGCCUCAGGACAAACAGAACAGAAGCARUUUUUUUUCCCCACAGUCGGACCCACCCUUUGACACGGAGCAAUAACGAACUGUUUUGUGGAGACCUAUAGGCCUAGCAGAGUUUGAAAUGAUUGGACACAUGUAGUCGACUUACUCUUAUGCAAAUGCCAGUAUUGCAAGACAAGCAUUCAGUAGUUUAUGAACAGCAAUUAUAUGGCACCCUUUACCGAAUUGCACGUUUUCAUCAAUUCCAAACUGAGAAGAAAAAAGGCCCUGCUUUGAUAGAAAGUUAGGGGUCCUCGACACUUUGCAUGUGAACUAGUGUUAGAUCUCUUUUCCUCUCCUCUAUAGCUGUCUUUCUCUCUGUCUUUUCCUGUUAUGUGACCCAGUUUUUCCUCUCCGCUCCCGACCCUCAAAACUUUCAUCUCCUCUCGGUUCUCCUAAUGUGUUUUGCUUUCCUCCCCUUUUUCUCCCCUUUCUCUUGUUUGUAAGUUUUAUUUUUGUAAUUGUGCAUGUACAAGCGUCACUGACUCAAUGGAUAUGUUUAAAGAAAAAAAAACAAUUUUAAAAAGAGAUUUCAGCUGCUGAAGCCAUGCAAAACAUUUUGAAUUGCCCUUAAAAUAUGGAAGAUGUUUUCUGAAUGCUUUAUAUUCUUUCUGCUGUAAAAUAAUAAAAACAGGAAAAAAUGGAGAAAACUUGAGAACCGAUCUUGCUCCGUGUUCUUCCUUCCUUGUUCACUUUUCAUUUAAGCAGGAUUUAUGUUCUCACCAGCGCCAUUUAUCAAUAAAGACAACUGCAGAUGUUA